CGCUGUCUGUGGCCGUACCACUGCAGCAGGGGGGAGGAAGGACGCUACCACGUGUGCGGGAGGGGGAGGCAGGCAACGCUGGGAUGGGAGAGUAGUGAGGCGAUGGCACCCGUGCCAGGGGCCGUCUCUGCCCUGUGCCCGCCUCCCCCUCGCUGCCUUGCCCCAGGUGCAGCUGGGAGCAGGUGGCAGAAACGGUUGGGGCUGAGCGACCACUGUGCUGCUGCUGCUGCUGCUGCUGCCGCCAUGGAAGUGCCCUGGUUGCUGCUGGCCUCUGCUCUGCUCCUGCCCCCUUGUGGGGCCGCCGACCCCCUGCCCACCCUGGCCCCGCCACUGACCAUGGUGGUUUCGGGGCAGCGGCGGCGGCUGGUGGUGUGCGUGGUGAGCGAGCUGCCCGCAAGCUCCGGCCACGCCGUCUGGAUCUCCAGUGGCAACGGCAGCGCUUUGCAGUCCUUUGCCUACGGGGCUUCGCAGGAGGAGGGUGGCACCGUCUGUGCCGUUUCCAUCCUCCCUGACAGUCCCAUGGAGCAGGAGCAGCUGGCGUGCCACGUUGGGCCCAACAGCAGCGCUCCGGCCCAUAGCUCCAGCCCCAUCGCUGUUGCAGGUAUGGACGGGGGCCCUGCCCGGGAGAAGGGCUGUGCCAGCGAGCAGCAGGCGUGUGGCCCUGCGGGUGAAUGUUACCCAGGGGUUUGUGGCAGCCCCCUCCCCGCUGUUCCUCAUCCCGCAGGCAGCGAUGAGGAGGCAGAGCUGUGUCCCAGCACCCCCGCGGAGCCCCGCGCCUGUGCUGCCGUAGCCCUGCUGCUGGCCGCGCGGGUGGUGCUGCUGAAGGCCGCGCUCCUCGACGCCCUGCUCACCGCCUUGCUCCUGGCCCGGCGCUGAGGAACCAGGUCUGGCAGCGAGGAGUGCCCCGGAACGAGGGGCAGACCCACUCUGAAUGAGGGAGUGGGAGCGGAGCGGAGAGAAGCCCGCGGGACGGGGGAACCGAAAUAAGCUCGGGGCACGGCGGAAGGGGCCCGACCGUGCGAUGGGACGGACAAGGACCCUCCGCCGCGAGCCCGCAC